GGGUAUGCUGUUGCACAGGAUUUCAAGGAAUGUCCAAGCAUCUCAGACGGCUUUGGUGAUAGGCUAAUGCAGUCCUGCCUGUGCCCUCGACGGCGCAGCUUUCCCUGCACUUGAGUUUUCCGACAGACCAGGGCUGACAGACAGCUGUGACCCGUGGUUCCUCGGCUCACUGGAUUUUACACUUGGAUUAUUGUUGAUUUCGUACCAAAAAAAUAAAUAAAAUAAAUUACUCGGGGGGAGGUUGUUACAGGCCUCCCAGUGUCUUGCAAGGUUUCUUCGGGGGUGCUCUGUUUUAUAAUAACCAUGUCUAGGGGGAAAACGAGGGGUUUAACCCGGACGGACCGCCAGGUGAGCGAAGACGCCGACAUUGACAACCUGUUGGCUAAUUUAUCGCCCGAGGAGGUAGAGGAGCUGGAGAGGGAAUUUACCGCGAUCGACCCCGAUCCAAACGUACCAGUCGGCCUCCGACAGAAGAAUCAGACGGAAAAACAGCCGUCCAGAAACUACGACCGAGAAGCCAUGCUGGACUACUGCGAGCGUGAAACUAAGAAACUCAUCGAAAGAGAGCUGUCUUUCGAGGAACCUAAGAAUGAGGUCUUGAAGAAAGGUCUGGCAAGGAGCUUCUCCAGGUCAGACAGCCAGGGGGGCUCAGAGCUGGGGGGUCAGAAUGCAGUGAUCCAUCGAGAAGAUUGUGGCUCUACAUGUCUGGGUCACAAGAUGGAGGACAAGAACCUCAAGAGGAGAGACUGCCCCACUGAGGAUCGGGCAGGUCCCUCAAAUAGGUUUAGGAGGGAGGGGAGUAGGGACAAGGAGAAAACGUGUGAAGCCCAGGGAAAAGCUGCGAAAGAAAAGAGCAAGCAGGUGGAGAAGAGGGAGGACAACAAGAAAAAAAUAGAGAGCAACAGCAAGACAACAGCCUUGGUCUCCAAGCUGCAGGAAAAGAAGGAAGAGAGCAGGGAAAAGGAAAGAAAAGAGGAGAUGGGAAAGACAAAGGGACUCAUCUCCAGGCUGCAGGAGAAAAAGGAAAAGGAGGUAAACAAAGAGAAGGAGGGCAAAGAUGAUGUGAGGAAAAGGGAUGGCGGAAAUAUGAGAGGACUCAUCUCCAAGUUAGAGAAGCAGCAGAGCCAGACUCGAGAAAACAAGACCGAGGAGAAAAGGGAGAGAGCUGUUGAGACGGGUACGAGGAGUAAUUUGGGACAAAUUGGCUUGCAAGAAAGUGAGAAGCAGCAAAAAAUUAAAAAGGAGAAAGCGAAGGAGAAGGAGAAAGGGGUUAAUGAGAAGGCAACAAAGAAAGAGACAGAGAAGGAGCAGGGAAGAGAGAAGAAUAAGAAAGUCCAUAAUGAAUCUGUGAAAAGCAACCACAAUGAGGAGGAUAGUACCAACUGCACUGCAGAUGGGAGCCAGCCUGGUAAGUCCAAAGAACAGGAGGAGGAUGAGGCCGCCACCAUGUUCAACGAGUCCCUGGAAAAGGUCAGUAAAAAUGACCCUGAUUUUAUUGAGCUCAACGUCAACAACUCGGAGGUCAUCAAGACCAAGACACUCAUUCAGUUUGCCGAGGCCUUGAGGGACAACACGCACGUUAGGACGUUCGCCCUCGCCAACACGCGCGCCGAUGACCACGUGGCCUACUCCAUCGCAGGAACCCUGCAUGCUAACAGCACCCUCACCAGCAUCAACCUUGACUCCAACCUUCUCACUGCCAAGGGCAUCAUGGCUGUCAUCCACGCCCUGCAGCACAACGCCACCCUCACUGAGCUGCGUUUCCACAAUCAGCGCCACAUCUGCGGCGGGAAGACCGAGAUGGAGAUGGCUAAGGUGCUCAAAGACAACACCACCCUGCUCAAGCUGGGCUACCACUUUGAGCUGGCCGGCCCCCGCAUGACCAUGACCAACAUCCUGAGCCGUAACAUGGACAGGCAGCGGCAGAGGCGCCUACUGGAGCAGAAACAGGCCCAGGCUCUGGCUGAGGCCCAGUCUAAUGGUGAGAUGAAGGACAUUCUCAAGAGCCCCAAGGCAGCAGGGGCCAUCCUGAAAAGUUCCCACAAAGGUACACCCAAACCCUCCCCACAGCCUACGCCCCAAACCUCCCCCAAGACCCCAAAGAAGGUGGGUGGACAAGGAAGAGGAGGAGGAGGAACAGGCACCCCUGGACCCCCAGUUCCCCCUCCUCCACCUCCUCCUGCCCACUCUCUUGAUCACAACUUCCUGCGGAAUUCACUGACACCUGUUUCGCAGAGGAAGGUUGAUGACCGGAGUUUGGGCCGUGGCAUGGAGAAGAAUUCAAGGGACCAGUUGCUGGACUCCAUUCGCACCAACAAUUUGAGAAAACUUAAAAGGGUUGAGGUUCCCAAGCUGCUGCAAUAAGUGUGUGUGUGUGUGGGGGGGUGGGGGGGUGGGGGGUGGGGGUGUAGAGGAGGAUGGAGGUGAAGAAGAUGGACAUCUCAUAAAUCUCUGGGAGAUCAGAAUUGAAUUAUGUCUUUUGGACCCCCUGGAUACAGUCUUGGCACUGAGCUGCAGCAGGAUUAGAGUACAGCCCUGGAGCACCUUAAGAGUGGAGUGUAGGAUGCGUGGUUGAGAAUGUGCAGUGUCUUCCUAGAGUCCCCACAAACCCAUCUUAGUGGACAGUGAAGGCGGGUGCAGACCGGUCUGAGGGAGGAGUUCAGAGCGGUCUGAGGGAGGAGUUCAGACCAGUCUGAGGGAGGAGUUCAGACCAGUCUGAGGGAGGAGUUCAGAGCGGUCUGAGGGAGUAGUUCAGACCGGUCUGAGGGAGUAGUUCAGAGCGGUCUGAGGGAGGAGUUCAGAUGGUGGGGCAGUCUGCACCCCCACCUGAAUUACACUGGAUUCUGAAGCAGGUUGUGUGUGUGUGUGUGUGUGGGGGGGUGGGGGGGGGGGCAUGUGUGCCAUGUUUCCUCUGUGGGGGUCUUGUUCAUACUUGCUGAUGGCGUGUGUGUACUUUAAAAGCAAUGUGUUGUUUCUCUCAUUUGCGAGGUUGACAGUAGCCAUUGUGAGACUGGAUGACAGUUGUGCUGGCUGUAUGGUCCCCAGUACAUGCACAAUAUGCUAAGGCUAGCAGAAUCCCAUUCACCCAUUUCAGCUCAUUUUGCCUUGUUAGCUUGUCUGUCACAACUUGGCAGGUUGUCAUCAGGAAAUUCCUGUGCGGUUUAUUGUGCAUGUAGAUUAAAUGGAAAAGAGGUUCCUUGGAAUAGUGGGUAGCGGCAUUAUUUGAGCCAGUCAUACCAGACCUGGAGUCAUAAAGCAUGUUCAGAGUGGGAGUGCUGAUCUGACAUCAGGAUUCCCUGGUCUAUAUAACCACAUAACAUCAUGACAAGAACAGACCAUUCAGCCCACCAAUGCUGUCCUACCACUUAAGGUACCUACUGCUCACCAUUUACCUAUAAACUAGAUAGUAUCUCACACCGUAUCUGGUCUUGAAAACCCCCAGAGUUUCUGCCUCUACUACAUGACCUGGCCUGUCCUAGUCUUAUCCAUGGUAUAUGUAUGUUUAAACGAGACAUUAAUAUGCUAAACUGAUCCUAGAUCAGCACUCGUACUCUGAGACACAUUGUGAGUACAGACCCAGGUCUCAUUAUGACAUCUCAGCCACUUCUUACAUUGCAAAUCCCACCUAGAAUUCCCUUGUACUUACUUGCACCUUAUAUUGACUCAGGAUAGACAGAACAGCAAUAAUGGGGAGUCAGACAAGAGAUUUGCAUUGUAGUGCCUUUUUAUUUUUACCUACAGUUAAUUACUGGAUAAUGGGUGAUGCCCUUACAAACAUUCUGAAAUAUGUAUGUUAUUUAGUGUGCUUCUCUGUUCAAUCUGGUUCAGAAGUGGAUCAAAGUACCGUACAUAUUCACUGCAAACAUGCAAAAUUUGGUUAUAAUCAAAUCAGGAUCAAUGUUCCUUUACAUGUCAAGUAACAGAAUGAGCUUGAUGAGCUAAAGUAUAUUUCUUGUUUUUCUGUUUGCAACAUGGUGAACAAUAUCAUCAAAAGCUUUUUUUUUCUUUUUAAAGAUUAGGAUUGCUUUAGCAAAUUUUACAAACUCCAUGUGGGCAGUUCUAAGGUUGUUCUAUUUUAUUCUGAAACUCAGUUGAUUGUUUGAUAUUGUGUAUAUUGUAUUGGACUGGAGUUAUUAGCGGAACCAAGCCAUGCAUUGGAGCCUAUAUCUCAUGAUAAAUUCUGUAAGAGGUCUAAAUGGCUGCCUGUUUCUCUUCUUGCCAUGGGCACAGUGAGAAAUGUUUUUACUUUUGAGUUGUAAUCAGCACAGGUAUUUCAUGAUUGGUGUAUCUCACAGUGCAGUCAUUUUGAAGUUUUUUGAAUAAAUGAUUUACAGACAAUA